AUGAGGAGUGCUAUUGAUGAGGUGUUCAUCGAGAUAGUACACAGGAAUUGCCGCUGGCAUAUAAUGAAAAAAGCACAAGAGAAGCUUGGGAAGCUGAUGGCUGACGAUGAGCCACUAAACAAUGGAUUCAAGGAUUGUGUUGACAACAACCUGACUGUUGAGGAGUUUGAGCACAAGUGGUGGGUGAUGAUGGAAGCGUAUGGCCAGACUGACAACGAGCAUUCCAAUGGCUGUGGGAGAACAGGAAGUACCACGGCAAGAAGCGAGGGUUUUAACUCUGUGCUCAAGAAGUAUGUCAACCCAAACAACUCACUGGUCGAAUUCGCACAACAGUACACUGCGAUACAGGAUAAGGUGAUGGCUAGCGUGUCAAAAGAGCAGUUGGAAAUAGUAUACAAAGAAACCGAAAUGUACUCGAUGAACCCGCUGGAGAUGCAGGUGUGGGGGUUGUACACACAUAACUUGUUUUGCAAGUUCCAGGUGGAGAUGAAGGUGAAAUCAGCCUACAGAUGCGACGCAUUGGAUGAUGGUACUUUCAAGGUCAGCUCAGUGCAGGGGAUAAUACCAAAAUAUGGAGACAGGGACUACCAUGUGCAAGCAAACAUGGAUGAAGAGACAUACUCGUGUACUUGCUGCAAGUUUGAUCGUGACGGGCUACUGUGCGCGCACGUACUACGAGUUAUGGACCAAAUUGGGGUAUACGAGAUAUCUGAAAAGUACAUCCUAAAUAGGUGGACCUGGGAUCUAGAGGAGGAUCUUAUUCAACCUGAUUUCGAAUAG